UCUAAAUGAAAAAUUUUCUGAAUCUCACUCGUACGAUACGUAUCAAUGACGUCUUUCAAUGAACGUACAUUAAUUAUGUGUGUCAAUGUCAAAUUAUAUCAAAUUAACACAACAUUUUCCUUACAAAUUAUCAAUCACAACAAACUCGAUCGCGUGACCCGAGAGUAGACGAUCCAAAUUUAAACAUCACAAAAAUGACUCCUCAUUCAUCAUAACAACGUCACAAUUGUUGAAAAAAAUCGGCGUAAUUUAUAGUGAUUUUGCACAGAUUUUAUCGUAAAUCAUUGCUUAGCACUAGCAGAGGCGAUUAUUAUGUGUGUGCGUGCAAAACAAUUUGAAAAAAAGCAUGGAAUUUGUGUCACGAAUAUUUCGUGGUGUAUUUCAGCGCCUUUUACCUCCAGGUAAAGCACAGACUAGUCGAACAGAUGCAUAUUUGAAUGCAGUUUAUAAGGUCUUAGUUUGGGAUGAUCCGAAAAUCAGUUUCAUGACCCUGGGUGUCUUACAUGUGUUGUUGUGGUUGAUUGUGCAAUUGGAAUUGCGAUUUUAUGGAGUAAUCUUUUUAGUUUCCCUUCUUUUGUUUUUAUGCGAUUUAUACUUCGAAAGAAAAGAAUUGAAAGCGGAACGUAAUUCGUCUUCCGAUGCCAUGCGGCAGGUGGGACGUAUCCUGUCGAACAUAUCCUUGCAUUUGCAAGGUUUGAGAAAAGAUAGUCCCUCGAUGUUUUGCGUCAUCAUGUGUGGAAUUUUCCUAAGCCUGACUGUUGUGGCACGUAACGUAUCAGGAUUCGCGCUAUCUUACCUGAUACUCUUGGCCAUAUUUACCGGUCCUCUAAUAAUCUCUCGUCUACCAUCUGAGUACUUGCUAAAUGUUAAAGAUAUAGUGCAAAAUAUCGGCUCAAACGAAGGGUUACUGGCCGAAUCAGAACUACUACCUUUCAUAGCAAAUAAGGACUUCAAUGAGAAAGACCCGGAGCUGGAAAGUUUGCUAACCGAUAAAACCGCAGAUUCGGUUACAAAUUCUUUAAUAUCCGGCCUGAUGUCGAUGCCAUCGCACUUGGACGCCGAAGGCAGCCUGGACGGUUUAGAGGAAGAAGAUCUGGAAUUUAACAUGCGCGCCAAACCUUCGGCCGCAAUUUCGUACACGCCUGGAGAAAUUUCUAGUGAUUCCGAUUCCGACCACAAAGGUAUGAGUUUCGAGUCUUCCCAUUUCAACCGUGACAGUUCAUCGGAGGAUGAAAAUCUAUACUCGAAAGGACUGCGCUUCUCGGAAGCUCCCAAAAGUGAUCCAGAACCGGGAACUUCCCAGCUGACGAUUUUGAGCAAUUUAACUGCUAUAGGUAGCAGUUUAAUAACGACCGUAUUAAAAUCAGGUGGCACUCCUAAACGAAAAGAUAGUGAUAGCGACUUUGAAAUAAUUUAUGAGGAUGAAAUUAAUCAAUCGUAAAAUAGGAUAUUUAUAAUGGUUUGUGAUAUUUUGUUUAUCAUAUCAUUACUUGAACUAGAUAAGUAUUUAUUUUAUAACUGAUGAUAAUAUGUGAUUACCCUUACUUCAUUAGUUUUA